AUGUUAAAAUCCAAGUAUUUUAAGGCUGGAGAACAGCAGCUCAUGUUGGCUUAUGGUUGCAGAGGGUUUGAGUCCAUACAGCUGCCUGAUUCGUUCCACCCAUUCCAUCUGUGCCACUGUCACCAUGUCUUGGAGGUCUACCUCAACCUGCUAUUGCAGUCCAGCGGGGCCAUCUACAUCUUUGCCAAGAAGAUGCACACUAUAAUCAAAGGUUGGGAAAGGAACCAGAAAUUCAUCCAGGUGAACUGCCUGCAGACAUUUCCUGUGCUCAAAGACUUUGUGUUGACAGAAAGCCAUCCUUACCUGAGUUCCAAGUACCAGGUGGCAGAUCACUGGUACCUAGCUGGUCUGCAGGCCCAUGCCAGAGUCAAUGAGUACCUAGGCUGGCAUGCUGAUAACAUCUGUAGUAACUUUGGAGUGCUCCUACAGGCCAAGGUGUUAGGGCCACUCAUUGGGGCCCAGGUUCCAGAGGAGAAGGUAGAAUAGAACAGAAAGAGAGCUGGCCAGCAGGUGACACUGGCUGGUCUCAUGUGUCGGGAGGAACUGAUACAGCCAGUGGCUCUUGGCUGUAAUUUGUUUGAGGGAAGGUCACGACUGACUGAAGGCAUGCCGAAAGCGGCAGAGGCAUUCUUGGGUACUGAUCUGUGUGAGCAGGCUCAUGGUGUGGCCAUCAUAAGCAUCCUAGAACAGGAGCAGUAG